AUGGCUUUGUUCACUGAUGUUGCCGUGGUGGACAUGAGCAAUGUCUCCAGACAGCCUUCCCUCUUCUACCAUCUUGGAGUCCGUGAAAGCUUUGACAUGGCCAAUAAUGUGAUCCUGUACCACAACACCUAUGCUGACACUGCUCUUUCAUUGAAGGAUAUAGUAACUCAAAAAAACACAGUAAGUAUUUGGAAUUAUUAUUUCAUCCCAUACAUCAUGACACCAUGCGCUGAUUAUUUUUGCUGCGAGAGUGACGCCCAGAGACGUGCCUCGGAGUACAUGCAGCCCAACUGGGACACCAUCCUGGGUCCGCUGUGUGUGCCCCUGGUGGACAGAUUUACUAGCCUCCUCAAGGACAUCCAUGUGACCUCAUGUGCUUAUUACAAAGAAACCUUGUUAAAUGACAUCCGGAGAGCCAGAGGGAAAUACCAGGGUGAUGCACUGACGAAGGAGCUGGCUCGCAUCAAGCUCCGCACGGACAAUACCAACGUUCUGACCUCAGACAUCGUCAUUAAUUUACUGCUGUCCUAUCGUGAUAUCCAGGACUAUGAUGCAAUGGUGAAGCUGGUAGAAACACUGGAAAUGCUGCCGACGUGUGAUUUGGCUGACCAGCAUAACAUUAAAUUCCACUAUGUGUUUGCACUGAAUAGAAGAUACAGCACAGGCAAUCGUGAGAAGGCUCUGCAGGUCAUGCUCCAGGUUCUGCAGAGCUGUGACCACCCAGCCCCCGACAUGUUCUGCCUCUGCGGGAGGAUAUGCAAGGACAUCUUCUUGGAUUUGGACUGCAAAGAUGAUGCCAGCUGAGACAAUGCCAUUGAGUGGUAUUGCGAAGGGUUUGAGCUCCAGCCAUCUCUUUAUUCAGGAAUCAACCUUGCAGUUUUGCUGAUAGUUGCUGGACAGCAAUUUGAAACUUCCGUGGAGCUAAGGAAAAUAGGUGUCCGGCUGAACAGUGUGUUGGGAAGAAAAGGGAGCUUGGAGAAAGUGAACAAUUACUGGGAUGUGGGUCAGUUCUUCAACGUCAGCAUGUUGGCCAGUGAUGUUGGGAAAGCUGUCCAGGCAGCAGAGAGGUUAUUCAAACUGAAACCUCCAGUCUGGUACCUGCGAUCAUUAGUUCAGAACUUGUUAUUAAUUCAGCGCUUCAAGAAACCCAUUAUUGAACAUUCACCCAGGCAAGAACGGCUGAACUUCUGGUUAGAUAUAAUUUUUGAGGCAACAAAUGAAGUUACUAAUGGACUCAGAUUUCUAGUUCUGGUGAUAGAACCAACCGAAGUCUACCAGCCUUCGUAUGUCUCUAUAAACAGUGAAGCUGAGGAGAGGACAGUUUCUCUGUGGCACGUCUCACCCAUGGAAAUGAAACAAAUUCAUGAAUGGAAUUUUACAGCCUCUUCCAUUAGAGGAAUAAGCAUAUCCAAGUUUGAUGAACGGUGUUGUUUUCUUUAUGUCCAUGAUAAUUCUGAUGACUUUCAAGUCUACUUUUCCACUGAAGACCAGUGCAGUAGGUUUUGCUCUUUGGUCAAAGAGAUGAUAACCAAUGGAGUGGGCAGUACAGUGGAGCUGGAGGGAGAGACCGAUGAGGAUACCUUAGAGUAUGAGUAUGACCACGAUGCGAAUGGUGAGAGAGUGGUGCUGGGGAAGGGCACAUAUGGGAUCGGCAGAGAUCUGAGCAAUCAAGUGCGAAUAGCCAUCAAAGAAAUUCCAGAGAGAGACAGCAGUUACUCUCAGCCUCUGCAUGAGGAGAUCGCCCUGCACAAGAACCGCAAGCACUGCAAUAUUGUUCAGUACCUGGGCUCUGUUUUCAAGGACGGCUACAUUAAGAUAUUUAUGGAGCAGGUGCCUGGGGGAAGCCUUUCGGCUCUUUUGCGAUCAAAAUGGGGGCCGAUGAAGGAGCCCACCAUCAAGUUCUACACCAAGCAAAUCCUGGAAGGCCUCAAGUAUCUCCACGAAAGCCAGAUUGUGCACAGAGACAUAAAGGGUGAUAGCGUCCUGGUGAAUACCUAUAGCGGAGUGGUGAGAAUCUCUGAUUUCCACACCUCUGAACGUCUUGCAGGAGUGAAUCCAUGUACAGAGACUUUUGCUGGCACUCUGCAGUACAUGGCGCCCGAGAUUAUUGAUCGAGGACCUCGUGGGUACGGUGCCCCGGCUGAUAUCUGGGCCCUGGGCUGCACCAUCAUCGAGAAUGAGCUUGGUGAACCGCAGGCAGCAAUGUUCAAAGUAGGGAUGUUUAAGAUUCACCCUGAGAUUCCGGAAACCCUUUCAGCGGAAGCUAAAGCCUUCAUUUUAUCCUGUUUUGAGCCUCACCCCCACAAAUGUGUCACCGCUGCUGGGCUGCUCCAAGAGGGUUUCUUAAGGCAGGUGAACAAGGGCAAGAAGAACCAAAUUGCUUUCAAGUCGGCAGAGGGUCCCAGGGGCGCCACGCUGCCCCUGCCCCUGGCGGGGGAGCUGAUGGGUGGCAGCAGCAGCAGCAGCGAGCAUGGCUCGGUCUCCCCGGACUCCGAUGCCCAGCCCGAGGUGUUCUUCCAGAAGUCCCAGACGCCCACGCACCGGCUCAGACACCUGCUCAGUGUUCCUGAUGAGAGCUCGGCCUCAGAGGACCAGAGCGCAGCCUCGUCCCUGGAGGACAGGGACCCAGGCCUCUUCCUGCUGCGCAAGGACAGCGAGCGCCGUGCCAUCCUCUACAGAAUCCUCUGGGAGCAGCAGAACCAGGUGGCUUCCAACCUGCAGGAGUGCGUGGCUCAGAGUUCGGAAGAGUUGCAUCUCUCAGUCGGCCACAUCAAGCAAAUAACUGCGAUCCUGAGAGACUUCAUCCGCUGCCCGGAGCACAGGGUGAUGGCAUCCACGAUAUCAAAGCUAAAGGUGGACCUGGACUUUGACAGCUCGUCCAACAAUCAGAUUCAUCUGGUACUCUUUGGAUUUCAGGAUGCUGUAAAUAAAAUUUUGAGGAACCACUUAAUUAGGCCCCACUGGAUGUUUGCGAUGGACAUCAUCAUCCGUCGAGCGGUGCAGGCUGCAGUCACCAUCCUCAUCCCAGAGCUCCAAGCCCACUUUGAGGCUGCCUCAGAGACCGAAGGAGUGGAUAAGGACACGGGUGAGGCGGAAGAAGACUAUGUCCCGGCAGACCCACGCGGGAGCGAGGUGCAGGCGGCGUGUGGGUGGAGCGGGCCCGUUUCAGCAGUUGCCCAGGAGGCCCAGCCCCAGCAGCUCCACCAGCAGCAUUUGAGCCUCCAGCUGAGCAAGUUCAGGCAGGAGACCAACAGGAGAGGAAUGAUGGUUCAGUGUGAACAGGCUUCAGCACCGACAUGCACACGAACGGGGGCGUGUGUGCACGCUAGGGUACACCAGGUAAGCUGCUGGGCACUGGGAGGGACAGGACCAUGAUCUCGCCCCAUAAAAAGGUGGCAGAGUUGGACAGGCAUAUAAGGAAUUGUUUUCCUUUUAGUAACUAAGAAAGUAUUUGUUAAACUAGUAUACAACUAAACCAAAUAGAACUAUUUUAAAGAAGUAAUUUGAAGGAGGGUUAAGCAAACUCUUAUUACCUAUUUUCAACCUACAUAACUAAAUAACCUUUAUAAGAUCCAUACUAUCCUUAAGCUAUAACAUUAAAAGACAUUAUAUCUUUUAAUGCAACACUGUACAAACCACAUGCAAUUACACUAUCUAUCUAUCUAAAUCUACACUUUCUUUCUACGGGUUUUCUUCCUCCUUAACACAGUUGAGAACCCAAAGCAUUCCUUACAGUUGCUGCCGAAUAGCCCACUGAAGGUGUAACCAUCUCGCAUUAGCUGAUGGACUUAAACUUGAUCCACUGGUUUGCACCCCGGACUUCAAAAGGCGGAUCGCUGCAGUAGAUGUGAUAGCCGAGUUCUUCCAAAGGUGGUUCAGGAUCAGCUGUAGCAAACUGGGCAGCAUCCUCAAUUUCUUUCCUCACUUCAACAUCAAUUUCCUAAAAAUCAAUCAGAUUACAGUUCAAGAGAUGUUUUGAAUAGACAGCAGCUUAGGUACCAACUUGUUCUACUGGGAACCUGUUGCUAGUUGUUAACUCUUCUACUAGUACUGGAUGUAUACCUAUUAUUAUUGAAAAUGUUAUUUUAAAAAUGACACAACGAUCCACGAAGGAGGAUUGUGGAGGACAGAUACCAACAUUUAAGACAUAUACCCUGGCGAGGGAACAUUUAUGAAUUAAAAAUCUACAGUAUAUUUUUAGGAAAGAAGGACUAUGAUGGUGGAGUUUAAUGUCCCGUGAAAAAUAUUGCUUUGGCCAAGAAGUUCGUUCGGGCAUGGCCAACCCAAUACAAUGUGUACUUUCCCAUUUACUUACCUAGUUUAUUACCUAGGAGUGGCAGCUUCUUGUGUAGAGAAAAACUGCUCAAAAAGGAGAGCCAACCUUCAAAGGCAGACUUUUAAACCAUCAAGAGUCACUGUACCUUUAGUUCUUCAACACUGGCAAGAUUGCUGUUCACCAUCCUAUCCUUGAGAAGCAUGAUAGGGUCACUCUUACUUCUAACUUCCUGAAUUUCUUCUCGUGUACGGUAACUAGAGGGAGGGAAACAGAGUUACAAGUAGAUAAGAACAGUGCCGGUGCAGCAAAGACAGCCUGGGAAACACAGCAGUCUGUUUCUGAGAUGAAGGAGCACAUCAGUACUUAUGUCACCGUAGGAAGGGCAGAAUUACAUACUUUCAAAAUACAAGAACUCAUCCUACCAUUCUGUAAGGAAGAGCUGCUCUGUCUUUACAGAAAACUCUACAAUGGCAAUUCACCUGGCUUCUCUGGCAUUCUGACAACAGGGGCCAAGUUUCUAUUUGCUGCUUUGAUCUAGAGGUAGGGCAUGAAGGUAGUGGUGGAGGCAGGGGAGAUGGUUUUCUGUGGUGACAGCUAUAACCUUUGAGGCAGCAGAAGGCUAAGCAGGAAAAAAAUGUGCCUUGCCUUUCUCCUUUAAGACCACAGAGCAGUGUGGCUGGCAAAAACUUGGAGAGGUGGUUUUCCGAUUCUUGAUUGUACAAUUGACCCUUGUCCUACAGCAUUUGAAAUAACACUAAAAGCAAAGAAAGGCUCUACCAUGUUUUUAAGAACAGAAUUACACCAAGUGCUUUCUUCCAUGUAAGUUGCUCUUCAUAACAUUUUCCCUUAGACCUUCAUUCUGCACUCAAAGACUUAUUAUGGCUUACUUUGACUAAAUCUACUCUUAAUUAUGCCACACUCCGGGACUGCAGCAUUGCCUGCCAGCGUUACCAGGUGACAAAACUCCUUUUUUUUUUUGACUCAUUUAUUUCAACAUAUGGAAUAUCCCAUGUGCUACUACUUGGUCUUGCUCCAUACCAGCCAGAAGAGGAAUAUGCCAUGAGAGAAUCUGGGGUAAUGCCUACAAAAGGUAAAUGCUCCCAAGUAUACUACUCUACCAUCAGUCCUGUAUUAUGCAACAAUUCCUCUCUGCAGUUGUUUUCUUAUUGGUGCUCAUGCUAACUAGCAUGUACACACACUAGAUAACUAGGAAUUUUCAGAAUGCUUUCUAUAUUGGAACCAAUUUAUUGGAAGACAUGGCUUACAGGCUCAGACUAACUACUAAAUCAAUGCAUGAAGCCAACUGGUGUCUGGCUUCAAAAGCAAACAAACACUGAAAUGCUUUGCUUUUUCAUCCAGGUAGCACCAUUCAAAACCCAUCCACUAAGGACACCACACUCAGUUUUCCCAUGACCAUACCUGACUCCAGGAUCACUCAUGCUGUGUCCAUGGUAACGUACGCGGGCCUCUCACUGUUGUGGCCUCUCCCGCUGCGGAGCGCAGGCUCCGGAUGCACAGGCUCAGCGGCCAUGGCUCACGGGCCCAGAUGCUCCACAGCAUGUGGGAUCCUCCUGGACCGGGGCACAAACCCGUGUCCCCUGCAUCGGCAGGCGGACUCUCAACCAGUGCGCCACCAGGGAAGCCCUCAAUAAAAUUUUAAAAAUAAAAAGGAAAGGGGCAGAGCAUAAAUCCAACUGCCCAAAACCAUUUUCAUCUUACAUGACCUGUUAAUCCACUAAGAAAACAGAACUCUUUGAUCUCUCUGAGAUUUUCAAGGGCACUUGACAGAGUACCCAGGCAUCAGGCCCUGAGGGUGUAGCUCCAGCUCUACAACAGGUGUCCUUACCCUCAGCCCAGGAAUGAAGUCGCCUCUCUUGUAGUAAUCAGUGCUGGCUGCUGCUCUCUCCACAGAUGUUCCCAUCCCAUAGCGGUUAUUCUCACAGAUGAAAAUACAAGGCAAUUUCCACAAAGCCGCCAUAUUGUAAGCUUCGAAUAUCUGACCCUGGAAGUAUGUAUAAAAGUUCAAG